GGAUCUCAAGUGGGAUUUCUCAAGUGAACCUAAAGUGACAAAAGUGCGUCAAAACUAGAUCUAAAGUCGCCACUUUAGGUCCUACUCGACUUGGGGCUCAGGAGCCCCAAUUCGCCUAAAGUCACUCACUUCAACUUGUCUAAACUCGGCUUUAAAACUGAGUCACCUGUUUGUUUCCUUCUUCACCGUCACCCCAUCUCUGCCGCUUCCACUGCUGUACUGCUCCCCUUGCUACAUGCCCCCCAAACGAAGGAAUCUUGAAGAGGGGGGACCAUCUCAGCCAUGGUCCACACGCUGUUCUCGUGUUUCUAGGAGUGAUGAUGCCACAUCAGCUGUCAAGGCCGAGGCCAAAUCAGAUCCCCGCCCCCCAAAGAUUCAAUGGGACUUUAAUGAACGGUGGACUGACCGCUUGAUUGAAUAUCUCUCAAACAACCCAGAUGUUCGACUAAAGAUGUUCAGCGACUCGGUAAAGGAUGCAAGGAAGGAGUCACGUAAGAAGGUUGUUGGUAGCAAGCUGAAGGUUGAAUACUAUCGCCAGAUAGCCCGGGCAGUUUUUGACAUUGUAGAUGAGGCUGAACGCACAGCUUAUGUAUCGGACCCUGAGCGUUAUGCUACAUCUGUCAUGGGUCGGAUCAUAUAUUUACAAAAGACAUACACCGGCUAUCGCAAAUCACUGAAGGUCACUGGUGGAGGCUUGAAGGACGAUGAUGAUGAUGGAUCUGAGGCAUACAAUAACCAGUUAGAAAUGAUCCGAUCAUCUUUCCGUUGGUGGGAUGUGCUGCAUGCUUGGUGGUCUGAGCAUCCCAAGUAUGCCUUUCAAAUGGUGACGAAUUCAACAACCGGAAUCGAAAAAAUGACUCGCUCCCUUGGAAUGACUUGAAAAUCGACCCGGCAGCAUCAGCAAAAAAUUGUUAUGCUCCUGAGUGCUCCGGAGUAUGGGGAGCACUGGGAGAAUCAGGAGGAGAUUGGCCGGUCCAGGAACAGC